AUGCAGCCAAGAGGAUCCUCGGACGUAUCUUCUGCUGGAAGUCCCCGGGCCCCGGCUCCCAAACGCCGCCGAAGACGACCUGCUCGGUCUUGUGAGCAAUGCCGGCGCCGCAAGAUUCGGUGUAAUCUGGGACAACCUUGUAACGGCUGUGUUCGGGCUCGGGCACCGAUGCAAUGUUCUUAUCGUGACGGGAGCCCUGUUGCAGUGACUCGGAGCUCUGAAGUCUGCACUUCGGUGCCGGCUGAACGGACUGAAGGACAGGGAGCCAAUACAGAAACACAGCCAAGUCGAGAAGCACAUCGCCGCAGCCCAGUGAACCGACCACUACAGCCUGAAAACAGUGAUAGGACUGUGUUAAAUUCAAAUGGCUGUCUUUCAAAAACUAUUCCAGACCUUCAAACAUCCACCCCAACACAGUCAUCAACCUCAAUCCCUCCCUUUACACCCAGGUUGCGUCAUGUACCUGAAAAGACGAAGCUAUUUGGCCAAACACAUUGGCUUCACACUGCAGAGAAGUUUCCUGUUUCAGGUAAUUUCCAUCCUGUAGAGAUUGAACCAUCAUGGGAGGAUGCCAAAUCUGACUUCCACGACGCCUUGAAAGAAGCUCGCAUUCUACGGUUUGGUCUCAAGAAACAGAACUUUCCAACACUAGAUCAACCAAUACAGGACCUUCGUGAGACCUUGCCCUCCAAGGUGGUUUGCGAUGAGCUAUUUGCUUGUUAUCUCCGCACAUUUGAGCCCCUAUAUCGCAUCGUUCAUAUCCCCUCCUUUCAGAGAGAGUACGACCGGAUAUGGGCAGGCGAGGAAACACAACCUGUGCCAGCUAUAUCUCUCGUUAGACUGACCUUGAUUCUUGCCCUUGGGACUACCUUUGCCAAUUUUGACACAGAGGAAGAGAUGAACCAGUUGUGGCGACUUGCGCAGACAUGGGUUCAGAAUGCCCAGUGGUGGCUCACAGGUCCAAAUGAAAAAACCACUUACAAUCUCGAUGGUCUGCAGAUAUUCUGUCUGCUAAUAAUUGCCCGUCAAUCGACCUUUAAUUGUCGCGGAGCAACGUCAUGGCUGUCCUCGGGCUCUCUACUGCGCGCCGCCAUCACCAUGGGCCUUCACCGCGAUCCAAAGCUAUUUGCUGGUCUGACGCUCUUCCAAAGGGAGUUUCGAGCUCGUCUUUGGGCCACUGUGCUGGAGUUGGCUGUUCAGUCAUGUCUAGAUCUCGGCUUGCCACUACAGCUUUCGGAACAAGACUUUGAUGCUUCCAUCCCAUCCAACUACGAUGACUCGGAUCUAGAGUCGACUUCUCCAGGGCCACCAAAACCAAUGGACAAAUUUACAGACUCGUACCUGCAAAUAAUGCUCGCCAAAUCUCUGCCUUUGAGAGUUGAAGUCAUAGGCCUGCUGAACGACUUCCGCCAAGAGAAAACAUAUGAAAAAGCCCUAGCUUUAGGAUCACAGCUGCGCACGGCGUGCCGAGAUGUCGCCGCCUUCUUCCAUUCAACACAACAUAAUCCGAUGAACAUGAGAAAAGGGUCAAGCAUUGAGGCGAAUGAGUUCCACCGCAAAAUUCUCGAUAUACAUCUUCGCCGGUUCGUUAUGUUUCUUCACCGCGACUUCAUGCUCCAAGCAAGGACCGAUCCCCGGUUCUACCUUUCUCGUAAGGUGUGUGUUGAGUCCGCCCUGGUCAUCGCUUCUGGGAGUAAAGGCGCCGACUUCAGCCUGCCGAUGCAGGUAUGGGACGACUUUUCUCGCUUGUCUUUCGUUGGACGUGGCCUUUUCAAGUGUGCGUUGAGUUUCGAUGCUAUGCUCAUCUUGGCCCUCGAGAUCAUUACUGAACUUCAAGAUGAGUCGACACCAACACACGAACCUGAUAUUCUCAGCGAGAUGGCAAAAGCCACCCGUGCUCCCAUGAUCAACACACUCGAAGAGAUAUAUGUGCAACUUCGCUGCAUGAUCGUACGGGGCAACCUCAGCCUCAAGAGACUUCUCUUCUCGAAUGCUCACUUGGCACACAUUCGAGCAUUGGAGGCGGGCCGGCCUGUGAAGCCAGCGGUACAUGAGACUGUAACAACGACCCUCCGCGACUGUGUGGCAAUGCUCAAAGACAUCCAAGCGGUCACAACACCCCAUGAAUCAGUGAUAACUUCGGAUAGCUUGAGUAGCGACUUUCUUGGUACCGAUAUUUUCUCAAAUAGCAAUCUUAUUGAGUGGGACAUAUCCGACCUUCUCGGCUUCCCAACUGCCAGUAAAGACGGCCAAUCUCAGUGGCCAGUUAUGGACUAA